AUGUCACGUUCAAUAUUUAAAGUAAUUAAAGGAUUUUCCAAGGUGGAAGGGUCUGGAGUUCAAAUCUUUAGAUCUUUGGCAAUUCGUGAAAUGAGAAAUUUCACGCCUUUUAUGCUCUUGGACCAUUUUAAUGCCUCUUCCAAGUCAGGGUUUGGUCCACAUCCUCACAGUGGCAUGGAAACAGUGACAUAUUUAUUAAAGGGCUCUUUGGCGCAUGAAGAUUUCACUGGUGCUAGAGGAAUACUCCUACCUGGAGAUCUCCAGUUCAUGACUGCAGGUAAGGCAGUGGUGCAUACUGAGAUGCCAAUACCCCAGGCUGAUGGUUCAAACGCUGAAGGAUUACAGCUUUGGGUCGAUCUUCCUGAAAAACUUAAAGAAACAAAACCGAGGUAUAGAGAUUUGAGGUCGUUUGAAAUUCCCGAGGCCAAAAGUCCAGAUGGUAAAGUGGAAGUCAAAGUCAUAUCUGGAAAGGCUAUGGGAGUGGAAAAUGUUCAAGAAUUGAGCUACACUCCAGUGGAAUACUUCCACUAUAAAUUGCAUAAAGGUGGGAAGUUUUCACAUGUUGAUUUGAAACCCAAUUUUAACUAUUUCUUGUAUGUUAUUUCCGGUAAUGGGUUGCACAUUAAUGGUACCAAAAUCGACGAGCAUCAUAACGUUUAUUUUGAAAGAGAUGGUGGAAAAAUUGAAGGUGAGAAUAAAUCUGCAAAUUCCACUCCUAUAGAAUUUGUUAUUGUGGGAGGACAAGCGUUGGAUCAAAAGGUGCUUCAAGUUGGACCCUUUGUGCACACCAAUAAAAAGAGAAUUGAUCAGGCCUACCAAGAUUAUGGCAAUGGUGUCAAUGGGUUUGAACUUGUAAAGACUUGGAAGCCUUCAAUUGACAAGGGGAUAGAUGAGGAGAUGUUGAAUGGAACUCUAAAGGAUUUGGUAGAAGACAGAGAAAGACAGAGAAGAGAGUACGUAUAG